AUGCUAAAAAUCCUAAUUCCCUCAAUAUUUAUGCUUUUAACAACAUGGACCUCCCCUUUUAAGCAACUUUGAUCUACAAUCCUAAUAUAUAGUUUUUUAGUAGCAACCCUUAGCUUAACUUGACUUGCCAUGCCAACAGACACCGGAUGAUUCUAUAUUAAUAAUUACAUAGCCUAUGAUCCCCUUUCUUCCCCUCUACUCGUACUAACCUGCUGAUUACUUCCCCUGAUAAUUAUUGCUAGCCAAAAUCACUUGGCAGUAGAACCUGAAAAUCGUCAACGAACAUAUAUUUCCUUAUUAAUUUCCCUGCAAAUCUUUUUAAUUCUAGCAUUUAGCGCUACAGAAAUAAUUAUAUUUUAUGUUAUAUUUGAAGCCACACUGAUUCCCACUUUAAUCAUUAUUACUCGCUGAGGUAAUCAAAUGGAGCGAUUAAACGCAGGAACCUAUUUUUUAUUUUAUACAUUGGCAGGGUCCCUUCCUUUACUUGUUGCCCUUUUAAUUUACCAUAGUUCUAUGGGCUCAUUAUCAUAUCUUUCUCUCACUAGUUUACCACUAACAUGUUCUAAUUUAUAUGCAGAUAAGCUAUGAUGAAUAGCCUGCCUUUUAGCUUUUCUUGUUAAAAUACCAUUAUAUGGAGUUCACUUAUGACUACCAAAAGCCCACGUAGAAGCCCCUAUUGCGGGUUCAAUGGUCCUUGCCGCAGUUUUAUUAAAGCUGGGGGGUUAUGGAAUAAUGCGAAUCAUAAUUAUUCUAGACCCUUUAACUAAAGAACUAAGUUAUCCGUUUAUUAUCUUGGCCCUUUGAGGUGUAAUUAUAACUGGCUCAAUCUGUUUACGACAAACUGAUCUAAAAUCACUAAUCGCUUACUCAUCAGUAAGCCACAUAGGUUUGGUUGCAGCUGGUAUUUUAAUUCAGACCCCCUGAGGUUUUACGGGAGCCUUAAUUUUAAUAAUUGCCCACGGCUUAACUUCGUCAGCCUUAUUCUGCCUAGCUAAUACUAAUUAUGAACGAACUCACAGUCGAACUAUUAUUCUUGCCCGAGGUUUACAGAUAGUUCUUCCAUUAAUAGCUACUUGAUGAUUCCUUGCUAGCCUAGCAAAUUUAGCACUGCCUCCUCUCCCUAAUCUUAUAGGUGAAAUUAUAAUUAUUACUUCUUUAUUUAAUUGAUCUUUCUACACGCUUAUUUUAACUGGCCUUGGUACUCUAAUUACUGCAAGUUAUUCCCUUUAUAUAUUUCUUCUUACCCAACGAGGCCCAAUCCCCCAUCAUUUGAUCUUAUUAGAACCCUCUCACACCCGGGAACACCUUCUUCUUGCCCUGCAUCUCCUCCCAUUACUAUUGCUUAUUGCCAAACCAGAGUUGGUUUGAGGAUGAACAGCCU